AUUAGGGAUUGUGGAAAAACCACCUGUGGUUUGCACUGCAGGACAGGAUGGGUUUCCCAACAGGAACAUAACACCAGGCAUCUGCAGGUCAUGGAAUGCUGCAAUUCUCUCUUUUCUGGAAAGGGAAAACUAUUCCAAGUGGUGCUGGUUUCCUGACUGAAUUUCCUGUCACUCUGUAUUUUCCCAGAUUAUUUAUUGGAAAAAUCCUUUUUUUACAGUAGAUUUUUAUAGAAUCCCAAACCAGUCUGGAUUGGGAGAGACCUUAAAGCCCAUCCCAUUCCACCCCCUGCCAUGGGCAGGGACACCUUCCAUAGUCCAGGUUGCUCCAAGAACCCUUUUUUGGGAAGUUUGUGGCUUUUCAGCAAUUCCAGUGUGGUGCUGAAGGCCUCCUCUGAUGUUGGAUUUAUUGGACUGAGCUAAGUCUCUUGCCUUGCAGGUUUUAGAAUAAUUUAUACUGAUUUAUUUGAGAACAUUUGCUGGUAAUAUUUCAUUUUAACUGCUUUUAGAGCCAGGUGAUGGUAGUUGGUUGUUAGGUUAAAUUUCUUUUAGAAACUAAAUUUCUUUUAGAAACUGCCUGAGUCAUGAAAACAUUCUGUAAGUGAUCAUUCAAAAGAAUUAAAAAUAAGUUACCAUAGGCAGGUAUUUUAGGUGUGUUAUUGUAAACUGCUUUUGGGGGGUAUUUUCUCAAAGCAGACAUGUUUAACUUCUUUUUGCUUUCUGUAUUUGCAGCUCAGAUUGGCCCACCAGGACUGGAAUUGCAGUCCACAAAUGGAGUCAUAAAAGUUAAGGUUUCUCCUCCAGAAGAAAAUCAGAGGAAAAAGAUGUGGAUCAAUGAUCUGAGUUUUAAAUAUAACCUGGUCUUCUGGGAAAACUCAUCACAUGCUCAGCUGCAGAGUAAAACCAUUUUCCCUGUUGACACCAUCGAUGAUCUUGCCCCAGACAGCAGCUAUUGCUUCAAGGUUCAAGCAAAUCUCCCCAGGGAGGGGAAGCAAGGCUUGUUCAGCCCCAUCAGCUGUGUGAAAACCACCCAGAAAGUGAACGACUCCCUGUGUGCAACCAACCUGAGCAUCGUGGCUUUGAACAUGAAUUUCCACCUUCUCUGGAGUACCCAGGACAGGCAGGAGGUGAACUACAACGUGCAGUACCUCCAUGGGUUCCUGAAGGGGCUCAAUGAUGAUCACUCAGACAAGUGGCUCAGUGUCCCCAGGUGUGAAAACAUCACCAGAACCUGGUGCAACUUCUCCUCCAUCAUCACCAACAUGGGAUUUUAUUACCUGCGAGUGGAGGCCAGGAGGGACAGCAAAUCCUGUUUGUCCAGGGAACUCAAACUGGAUCCUCUGCAAAUGAAUGGAAUUGGCCCUCCUGGUUUAAGGCUGGACCUCAGUGACGCCUCACUCCACAUCCUUAUUUCUCCUCCAGGAGGAGCUGAGGAUGAAGCCAUGAGGGACUUUUAUGAUUUGUCCUACAGGAUCCUGUACUGGAAAAAAUCCUCAGAGGGAGAUGUGAAGCAGAAGGAGGUGAAGCAAACCAUAGCCACAGUCCCUGAUGUGUCCCCCUCCACCCUGUACUGUGUCAAAGUCCAGGCUUUCUCUGUGCCCUACAACAAGAGCAGUGCCUACAGCCAGCAGGAAUGCAUCCACACCCCUGCAGGUUCACAUUUACCUCUGAUCAUUUUUGGGAUUUUCAUGGGUGCCCUGCUGGUUGUCCUGCUGGUGGCCAGUCCUCUUGUUUUUGUGCUCUACAAAGCCUACAACAAAAUCAAAUACGUGUUCUUCCCCUCCUGCCAGCCCCCCCUGAACAUCGAGGUGAGCUCUGACUUCUCAGCCAUUAAACAGCUUCUGUGUAGGAAAAUGAACUUUAAAUAUCAUGGGAAAAAAAAGAUGUUUAUGUUUUAUGGGUCAGCCAGGGUUCCUUUUAGAGGUUUUAUCAGUGGUCUCCAGACCUUUGUCCCAUCUCCAGCUUGGCACAGCUGGUGCUUGGCAGGGAUCCUGUUUUGGAAUGAAAAGGGCAACAUUCAUGUCCUGAAACAUCUAUACCCAGAUUUUCUUUUCAUUCUUGUGUGGCCUCCUCAGGCUCUGAUGGAUGAAAUGUUGCAAUUUUUUGGUGAUUGACAACUGAGAGCAAGAAAAGGGCUGAGAUAAAACGUUUUUAGUGUUGGAUUCUGUGAAUGGAGGUGGGAGCUGGGAUCUGCCCCAGGGAACAGG